AUGGCCUUACCCGGCAAACAUUAUGUUGCACCUUCAUUUAAGGAUGUAAAGGACUUAUUCGAACAAUGGAAAGAAAUGGAUGCAGAAGAGAAAAGGAAGAAGAAGUUCACUGAGUUCAUUGAUGAGAACGUGAAUCUGAACAAAGUAGAUGAGUCUAUGUUAAUCACUGCAAUAGUGGCACCAUCAGCAGCUAUGAUGGCUAAGAAAACAGGACAUAUAGUACCUCAACUUGCACUCAUGAAUGCCAUACCUGAUGUUGUUUUUGUGCCCUCAGCUACACUUUUGGCUCUAUUUGCUAUCAAGAUCAUAAGAUUAACCUUCGUUGGAAAGACAACAUCUAAGGAUACAGUGUCAUCUGCAACUGAAAUAGAAGAACCUCAAACUACAAUUGCCCCUGAAACUUCAAAAGAACCUCAAAUUGAAACUGAACAAGAACCUCAAAUUGAAACUGAACAAGAACCUCAAACUCCAGCUACUCCUGAAACUGAAAUAGAAAAAUCUCAAAUUGAAACUGAACAAGAACCUCAAGCCACAACUACACCUGAAAUUUUAAAAGAAGAACCUCAAAUUGAAACUGAACAAGAACCUCAAACUACAACUACACCUGAAAUUUUAAAACAAGAACCUCAAAUUGAAACUGAAGAAGAACCUCAAUCUCCAACUCCACCUGAAACUGAAAUAGAAAAAGAACCUCAAAUUGAAACUGGACAAGAACCUCAAACUACAACUACACCUGAAAUAGAAGAAAAACCUCAAAGUGAACCUCCAAGUACAUCUACACUAGAAAAGGAACCUCCAAAAAGUUCAAUAGAAGGACCUCAAGUUGCAACUGUACAAAAACCUCAUAUUAUAACUGGGCAUAAUUCCAAUUUUGUCCGUCCCUUCUCCCUCGCUUCAAAUCUCUCUCCACCUGUUUCUUCUCCAUCAAUCACGGAGAACACUUUCGGUGAUUGUCUGAAUCCAAAGUGGGCGCUUGACGCCAGAGAUCAACGGUGGUCGUUGGAAAACUGUACAUGGGAAGAACACCGUAGUUGGUUCUUGCAGAGUCUCUUUUUCCACUUCCACAACAUCGGCUUCUCGUUGGAAUACUCCUUGUUCUCCUGCGCUUACUUCAACAUUUUGCUCUAA